ACUCAAAUCACAAUUGCUUCGUAUUAUAUUAUUUAAAAAUAAAAAUACAAAUGAUACACAACCAUUAUUGAUGGACAACAAAGGAGAGGAUUCAAAUGGAGAAGAUUCAAAGAAGAAAGGGACUAAAGUGAAAACAGAGAAGAAGGAAAAAGAAAAACCUUUACACAUUCAAGAUGAUCCAGGACCCUCGAGAAUAAAUCUACCUGGGUCUCUGCAAAGCCCAAAAGUUCACAGACCUUGUAUAUCAAAAUCAGAACAUAGUAUAACAAAAAUAAUAACACGUCAAGAUGUGGCCAAUGCUAUAAAACUAACAUCACUAAGUUUCGGCAACCACAUACCUUCAAGCGACAGGAAUGUAAAUCUAAAAGAAAUAAAAAUACCAAUUUUAGAGAAAUGUGAUAACGUCAAGAAAAUUGAUACAGCAACGAUCGUGGAUUUGAAGAAAUUCAUGACUAGUUGCUUCAAAAUUAAUAAGGAUGUUAGCAUUGCACCUGUGUCUGAAGUCGAUAUGAAUGUUCACUCUGCGUUAAAUACAAUUAUUAGUGAUGUACCAAACACUAGUUGUGUUACUAACAAUGCUCAGACGAAUGAUUCUGACAUCAAUAAGAAACAUAAUGAAGUUAUUAUAACUAAUCCUAUUUUGAGCACAAUAGCUGUGCCAGCACCUAUUCUUGAUCCUAUAUUGUCAAAAAUAGGAGCCGACAAAGAGAGUAAGAAGAAAAAUUCAGGGAAUAAUUCUGAGAAAUCGGAUUUGGCUCUAACGCAAAGAGAUUCGCUAUCCAGUAUUGGAUCAAAUGUUUGCAGGAUUUGUAUGACGAGGGGACGAGAAAGACUGAUAUCGCCGUGCAACUGCAAAGGUUCUUUGGCGAACGUGCAUUUGUCGUGCCUUGAAAGAUGGCUGAAUCAAGUUGGAAGAAAUCAUUGCGAACUUUGUGGAUUUAGCUAUCCAGCAAUCCGUACGCCUCGUUACACAGUUUUACAAGCGCUGCGACUGUGGUUCGGCAACCCGCGUAAUCGGAGCCAUUUGCAGUCGGACUGCUUGAUAUUCUGGCUCCUGUCAACGGUAACUGCUGGCCUCCUCGCAGUAUGCAUCGUCGGAACCCAAUACUUUGUCAUAGAGGGUAAUAAAUUUGGUAAGCUCGAUGCAGGAGUUAGAAAGGAAGAAGGUGUUUUUUCAGGAAUAUCCCAUCGUAUUACCGAAACUGCAAUGGACUUCUUCAUGGCCAUCGUACUUUGCGGCUACUCAGUCACCGUAUACCUUCUUUGGAAAGACCAUUACGUCAUGUGGAACCGGUGGAGACGAGCCAACGUGAACGUCCGACUCUUAUUGACACCCGAUUCUAACCCUGUACCGUUCGUACCUAGAACUAGAUAUAAUAACGUCUGACUUUUUCUUUCAUGCUGGAUUGUUAAUUUUAUUUGAAUAAUGUGUAACGUUU